CCCAGUCAGUAACCGAUUAUUACAUAUUUCAGUCAUCUUGAACCGUCUCAGAGAAUGGAUUUACUGAUAGUGUUUUCCGUAGUGAUAAUCAGCAUCAUAUCAAUAUAUUUUUACAUCAAGUGGAAAUUCUCAUUCUGGGAAAGGCGUGGUAUCCCUAGUUUACCAGUUGCAUUUCCGUAUGGCAACUUUAAAGGUGUUGGUAAAACUAAACACAUCAAGGAUGUGCUGCAUGAGAUCUAUGCCACUUUUAAGGACAAAGCGCCAAUAGCAGGAGCUUAUUUGGCAUUUUCUUCGAAUUUCGCAGUUGUUCUGGACUUGGAUUUGAUCAAAAAUAUACUUAUCAAAGAUUUUAAUAACUUCCACGAUCGUCGACACUUUUAUAAUGAACGAGAUGAUUUCAUGUCGGCUAAUUUAUUAACAAUGCAAGGCCAAGAGUGGAGGGAAUUGCGCCAGGUCCUGACACCCACUUUCACGUCUGCUAAAAUGAAAUUUAUGUUCUCCACUAUAAGUGAAAUUUCGGAAAGAUUGAUUAAGAAAUUGGAUGAGGAUCUGGAUCAAAACCCGAUAGUGGACAUAAAAGAUUACCUAGCUCGGUUCACAACGGAUAUCAUCGGUACAUGUGCUUUUGGAAUUGAAUGCAAUAGCUUGAAAGACGCGAACUGUGAAUUUCGGGUUUACAGUAAAAGAGCCUUCCUACAACCUCGUCAUUCGCGAUUUUUCAUAUAUCUCUGCGCUGAGUUUCCAGAAAUAGCAAGGGCGUUGCACGUCAAAUUAUUUCGUGAUGACAUUACUGAAUUCUUUACACGACUUAUUAAGGGUACAAUCACUUAUCGAGAGAAGAAUGAUAUUCAUCGAAACGAUUUCAUCGAUCUGUUACUUCGAUUAAAAACCAACAAUCCCAAUAAGGAAGAUGGGAAAUUGACAGUCAAACAAAUUAUCGCUCAGUCCCUUCUCUUCUUUUUAGCCGGCUUCGAAACAUCGUCAUCAACCUCAGGCUUUGCCCUGUAUGAGCUGGCAUUCAACCCUGACAUACAGGAGAAAGCACGAACUGAAAUUAACCGAAUUUUUAAAGCACACAAUAACCAAAUUACAUAUGAAGGACUGAUGGAGAUGCAGUACCUGGAUCAAAUAAUAAAUGAAACGCUUCGAAAGUAUUCAAUCGUUCCACGUCUGGUACGUUAUACUCAGGAGAACUACCCUUUGCCAAAUUCAAAUUUCGUUAUUGAGAAAGGAACUAAAGUAUACAUACCAACUUACUCCAUCCAUAAUGAUCCAGAUAUCUACCCCAAUCCGGACAUAUUCGACCCAAGCCGAUUUGAUCCUGAGGAAGUAAAUAAACGACAUCCGAUGGCAUUUCUUGGAUUCGGCACUGGCCCACGUAAUUGCAUUGGUGCCCGUUUUGGUCAAAUGCAAACACGCAUGGGGUUAGCAACUUUAAUUAGAAAUUUCGAAAUCAAGCCAUGUUCAAAAACGCCAAAACCUUUGCGGUAUCAUCCAAAUAUGGAGUUGGUGAGUUCUGCAAAUGAUAUUUAUUUGGAAUUAAGGCGAAUUCUGUAAACAUGUUAUCAACUAAAACAAUGAUACGUUGAAUGCAAGCAAAUAUAGCAAUAAAUCUG